AUGGCUCAGGAUGCCCCGACGACAUCGACGAGCCAUCCUCCGCCGCCGCCGCCACUGGAAAGCAUUGUCGACUCGCAACCACUUAGCACGCGUAUCAUUACGGACCCGAACACGAGCGACGCAGUAAGUCGCAAGAAGCUCAAGACCAGCAAGUCUGCUGAACAAAGCAAUGCGGCAGGUCCUCGCGAUCGGCCCUCACAACCUCUUACCCAGCCUGCUCCCUUAAGGAGAAGUGACCUACCGCCGCCGUCGCCGCCGUAUAAUAUCGACCGGCGUCUACUCGGCCAGGGAGCCCCGGGCUUGGUGGGAGCCACUACUACUACUCUACCGAACAACAACGGGGGGAUGCAACGGCAGCAGCAGCAGCAGCAGCAGCAGCAGCAGCAGCAGGAGCAGGCUGGGGGUCAGUCGUCGGAUAGACGAGACUGGGCGCAGCCUGGCGUGGUGGGCAAGGACUCGCUGGGCCGUGGACCGUGGCUGGCCCCAUCGACAUCAGGAGGCAUCGCACCGAGCGCGCCGCCGAAGCCUCCUCUCCUCACCCAGCACGCUCCCGGAGUGAAGACGGCAGUGGUGGACGAUCAGAACAUUACGUCCCUGACGAGGGACAAGGGCAGCAUAAGGGGGAUUAAGAGACGGCUAUCUGUUGGCCAGGCGGAGGCCGAGUUUGAUCAGAAGCGGUUACUGAACAUAGUUCAAGACUUAGACAAGCUUGAAAAGGAGCAGAAAGACUUUGGACAGCAGCAGCUCCGGGCGAUCAGGGAGACCUCCGUCUAG